AUGAAAGCUGGUCAUGUUCUUCAUGAUGAACUUCCUGUUAGCAAUGAAAAGGAAUUUCAUCAAAAAUUUCAACCAAACUGUCCAAAAUUUACGAUGAAAAUUUCUCGAACUGAUGAAAAGCAAAUAUUUACUAUUAAAAAUUUAUUGUUUACUUUUCCGAAGAAUUGUGUUGAUCACGAUGUUACAAUCAAUGUUGAAUAUAUAAUGCCACCAGAUAUUGAUAUAGUCAAUUUGCCUGGAUGUAUUUGUCUUUUUCAAACAGGAUACGUUAAUACUAGAAAUCAUUUAAAAGAUAUGCCCACAGUAUCUCUUGUUGAUGAACCAAAUGCUCGACUAUACAAUUUGACACCGUCAUCAUCUUAUUGGUUUUCUAAUAGAACACAACAUACACAUUUAAUUUCGAUUGGUGAAACAAUACAUGCUUUUAUUCGUCAUGUUGAUAUUAUUCCUUCUCAAUUAACUCUUCCACCAGAUAUGUUUAUUCAGGCUGCUGUUGGACAAUUACUUCACACCCGUGAUAAACCUGUUUCAUGUCAAUAUUUAAAGAUUCGUGAACAUAAUAAAGAAAAAUUUCCUCAUAUUGCUUAUCAUGGAACUAAUAUAAAAGCCAUUGAAUCAAUUCUUAUGGAUGGACUCGUUAUGCCAAGUACAGUAGUUUCUAAUGGAUUCCGUAUUUGUCCACCACCUAAUCAUAUUCCUCGAGGAAAAGAAGCUUUUGGUAUUAAUGAUUUUUCAAAUGGAAUCUUUGUAACACCAAGUAUACACUAUUGUUCAGAUCCGGCAUAUGCAGUCAUAUUUAAGCAUCAAGAUCAACGACUUAUAGCUGUAUUGGAAUGUACUGUAAAAGCAAAUUCCUUCAAGACUUUUCCAUGUACUGUACCGACUUAUGUUACUCAUGACGGUGAUGAUAGGAAAGCAAUUGAAUGGCGUUUGACAAAUACAGCAGAUAUUGAAAUCAUAUCUGUACUUUUGAUUCCUGUUAUAAAUUCAAAAACUGAAGUGGCGAAAUUGAGAGCUAAGAAACUCAGUAGUAAACCAGAUAGUGUUAAAUAA